AGUUAUUUGCCACGCUGUGUCUUUCUCCUUCUUCAUCCCCCUCUCCCUCUCUCGAACAAAAUCAUAAAACCGCCAGCUCUAACUCCCUUCCUCGGACCGAACAAAAACCCCUCUCUUCUCUUCUCCCUCAGAAUCCAAGGUUGUCCCCCUGCGUGUAUAAUUUAGCAGUUCCGUUUCAUACUUUUCCGGUCAUCGAAGCCGAACCUCGGUUGAGAAGAGAAACGACUAGUCACAUAUACGCGUGUUUACUUUGCGAUCGAGAAUGGUCCGAGUGAGCAACGUCCUGAUUGGGACCCUCAACGUCCUCUCCGCCACCCUCUCCCUCAGCGCUAUCGCGAUCUCACUUUACUUCCGCUUCCAUGGCGGCUCCGAGUGCCAUAAGUUCAUCGAGACCCCUCUACUCAUCACAGGCGUAGUAAUGUUCGUGGUGUCGAUAAUGGGAAUAAUGGGGUCGUGCGGGAAGAUGAACCUCUUCCUCUAUCUCUACCUGACGGUUCUGUUCCUCUGCAUCUUGGGGCUGAUUGCCUUCACUGUGUUUGCCUUUAUCGUGACGAAUGAGGGGGCUGGCAAGGCCAUCUCAGGCCGGGGCUACAAGGAGCAUAAGACCGGGGACUACUCUAACUGGAUGCAGAAUCACAUCGUGAAUGGGAAACGAUGGGACCGGAUUAAGAGCUGCUUGGUCGAGACCCAUGUCUGCAGCAAGCUGGCCAAGCAAGGUGGCCUCACCAUAGCUGAAUUUGACAAGAAGAAACUCUCUCCGAUCGAGUCGGGCUGCUGCAAGCCUCCGGGAGAGUGCGGGUUCGAGUUCAAGAAUGCAACCAACUGGGUAGUUCCCAAGUCGGGACUUGCCGUGCCCAACAGCGACUGCAAGACCUGGAGCAACCAGCAGAACGCGCUAUGCUACGACUGUGACUCCUGCAAGGGAGGCUUCCUCGGAAACAUAAAGCAGGAGUGGAGGUACCUCCUCUUCUUUAACAUUGGCACGAUCGUCUUCGUCGCCAUCAUCUACAGCACGGGCUGCUGUGCCUCCCGGAACAACAGGAAGGAUCGCAAGUACGAAAAAUACAGAGGAGUAUACGCAUGAGACUCAUUUUCAUUUCGAUUGCGUGGUCUCUGUCUCAUAGUUGUCUCUGUUAAGUAGAUGCCUCAUAUUUGUUCACUGAAGUAAAUUCGUUUACUUCGUUUUGUUUCUUCAUCAUUUUGAUUUACAUUUGACUGUUGAUUCGCGAAGCACACAAUGAACAAUCGCAAUUGUCUAAC